AUGGGGGCAGCGCCACUCCAGUCAGGGCAGGACGAAGAGCGCUAUUCCAAAAAGGGGGGGAAAAAAAACAACAGAAAUGAUGAUUUGUUGUGGUUCUAAAGUGCCUAUUUGAUAAUUUAAGGGUUACUUGCUCGGGGAAAUGACGUUCCGAUGUCAGUUUGUGCUUUUUUGCUGCAAUUGCAGGGGUGGCUAACUAAGCUAAGCUAAGCUAAGCUAACAGUUAGCCUGUCCAUUUUAGCCAUCCCUGUCCGCCCCCCUCCUGCCCCGCCUUCCCUCGCCUCUCCCGGGGGCGCCUCGGUCUCUUGUGCGCCUUGUCAAAUGCGGUGCUUGUCAGCGGAGUCCGCGCGCGUGUGUGACACCGGGGAGCUCGUCGACGUGUGAGUGCGGGUAGAUGGCUUGUUGCUACCAGUGCGCGGGCGGCUCGGAUUUAGAAAGGUGGCCGGCGGCGUCGCGCUGUCUCCGGGGCUCCAGUAGGUAGUGGUCCAUUCAAAACUCAGGUAGGUUAAAAAAGCUGCCCUUUUUUUUUUUUUUUUUUUUUUUUUGGCUAAGCUUCGUGGAGGGGAUUGGAUGAAAAGUCACACCAGGAAUCCAGUUUUGACACCCCCACCUCCCCUCCGACGUUAGCAGCUUUGCAGGGAACACGCUAGCUCCUUUUUCUGCAAUGGCAGGGAUCUUUUCCACUUUUUGGCAUUUUUUAUUUUUUCUCUAAGCAUUGCAGACCGAUCAUUUGCAUUGGACGUCAAGUCUCGUUGCUGUCAAAACUCAUUCUUACUUGCAGGGGCGCUCCAAAAGGAAAAAAAAAAAAAAAUCCGGAUUUCAUUUGCAGCCACUUGUGAGCUUGACUCGGAGUAAUAGUCUUGUCAGGCGGACUUCUUUUGUGUGUCUGAUGCUGGGAUGACUCUUGACUCCAUGAUGGCUUGUUGCCUGAGUGAAGAGGCGAAGGAGUCCAAAAGGAUCAACUCCGAGAUCGAAAAGCAACUCCGGCGGGACAAGAGAGACGCGAGAAGGGAGCUGAAGCUUCUUCUGCUGGGAACCGGCGAGAGUGGCAAGAGUACUUUUAUCAAACAGAUGCGAAUAAUUCACGGCUCGGGCUACACCGAUGAAGACAAGAAGGGCUUCACCAAGCUGGUCUACCAGAACAUCUUCACGUCCAUGCAGUCCAUGAUCCGCGCAACCGAGACCCUAAAGAUACCCUACAAGUUCGAACAGAACAAAAAUAAUGCACAGCUGGUGCGCGAGGUGGACGUGGAGAUGGUGACGUCGUUUGAUCAGCCCUACAUCGGAGCCAUCAAGAUGCUGUGGGCCGACCCUGGCAUCCAGGAGGCCUACGACCGCAGGAGAGAGUACCAGCUCUCUGACUCAACCAAAUACUAUCUUAGCGAUCUGGAUCGUAUCGCUGAAUCGUCCUAUCUGCCAACUCAACAGGAUGUGCUUAGGGUUCGUAUCCCAACCACUGGGAUCAUAGAAUACCCUUUCGACUUGCAAAGCAUCAUUUUCAGAAUGGUGGAUGUGGGCGGUCAGAGGUCAGAGAGGAGGAAGUGGAUCCACUGCUUUGAGAACGUCACUUCUAUCAUGUUUCUGGUGGCGCUCAGCGAGUACGACCAGGUCCUGGUGGAGUCGGACAACGAGAACCGCAUGGAGGAGAGCAAAGCGCUGUUCAGGACCAUCAUCACAUAUCCAUGGUUCCAAAACUCCUCCGUCAUCCUCUUCCUCAACAAGAGGGACCUCCUGGAGGAGAAGAUCAUGUACUCUCACCUGGUGGACUACUUCCCUGAGUUUGACGGUCCUCAGCGAGACCCCCUGGCGGGUCGAGAGUUCAUCCUGAAGAUGUUUGUGGACUUGAACCCGGACAGCGACAAGAUCAUCUACUCGCACUUCACGUGCGCCACCGACACGGAGAACAUCCGCUUCGUCUUCGCCGCCGUCAAGGACACCAUCCUGCAGCUCAACCUCAAGGAGUACAACCUGGUCUGACCCCCGAGGACACCAGAGCCCAGACCUGCAGCUCGCUGCAGCCACACAGCACAGUCCCAGCUUUGCUCUACACGUCUCCCGGGCCUCCACUUUUCAACUCUCUCUUGCGUAGUCGUAGGGAUGAAAACACUCCAUCACGGUGGGACUACUUUUUCUUUCUUUCCUCUGUGUUCUCACCAGUGCUUGUGUGUUGCAGGUGGCUCACGUCCAACUUUUGACGCUUUAAAAGGGCUCGCUCUCUCCCUUCUAGUGACAGCUGUGCAUGCUGCACACCGCUACAGUGAGGCCAGGAUAUCUGGAGGACAAUAUUAUCUGGCACUCAGGUACUCUGUGUACUUGAAAUAUUUGCUUGAGAGGUGCGUGUAUCGGUGUCAAAAGUCCAGCAGUUCUGUUGAAUGUAAAUAGUCAGCGUGUGAGGGCUUUUUGCCAAGUACAGUCGUCAUUCUCAAAGGAUUGUAAACACACUGCCCCUCGUGUUGAAAGUGUUUGUGCCCUUUUGAGAACGUUCUCUUGGACCACACGCUCAUUUAUGAAGAAGUACAGUGGAACCUCCCUUCACAAACUCUUGGACGGGGCUCGUUCGUCCAAAAGUUUGUGUAGUGAAGCAAACGUGUCCGUAAGAAACUUUGUAAAUAUGAAUAGUAGGUUGUCGGUAUUUGUAUACAAAAUAAAGAAGGGUUAUACCAGGGGUGUCCAAACUACAGCCUGCCGACAUCUUCAAUUUUGCCCGCUAAACAUCAUGUGUUAAUAACUAAGGUUACUGGAGUGCAGGGAGAUUGCAUUCAUUGAAAAAAAAAAAAUCCUUUAAUGCUGCCAUUUUUGUGCCAUUAGGUUGACAAUGCAAGUAUA